AAAGGUCGGGGGGACACCUGAGAUGCCUCCUUGUUGCUGGACGCCCCGUUCUCACCUGCUCUCACCUGCUCUCACCUGUCCUCGCCUCUUUUACUUCUUUACCAGUUUCUCACAUUUUCCCCCCCUUGUCUUCUUCUCCUCCGUCUCCUCGCCUUGCCGUUGACUCCUCGCUGCCUUCGCCCCCCCGGCACCAUGAGCCUGAGCCGGAAUAAGCGCAUCAGCUCCAGCAGCUCGGUCCGGAGCAGCGGCGGCGGCUCCAGGAGGCUGAGCGGCUUCGGCCCGGGUCAGGGCGGCUUCAGCGGCGUGUCUCUGAGCAGCAGCUCCCUGUACGCCGGGGCCAACGGGCACCCGUCUGGUCUGGGGGCCUCGCUGACGUCUCUGUCGGUCAACAAGAGCCUGUUGGCCCCCCUGAACCUGGAGAUCGACCCCAACCUGUCCAUGAGCCGAGCCCACGAGAAGGAGCAGAUCAAGAGCCUCAACAACCGCUUCGCCAGCUUCAUCGACAAGGUCCGCUUCCUGGAGCAGCAGAACAAAAUGCUGGAGACCAAGCUGGACUUGCUGCAGGGACAGGGCGUCUCCCGGUCCAACGUGGAACCUUUGUUUGAGGCCUACAUGGCGGGUCUGAGGCGUCAGAUGGACCUGGUCAACAACGACAAGAUCAAACUGGACGGGGAGCUGAGGAACAUGCAGGGCCUGGUGGAGGACUUCAAACACAAAUAUGAGGAGGAGAUAAACAAGAGGAACAACCUGGAGAACGACUUUGUUAUCCUGAAGAAGGAUGUAGACUCAGCCUACCUGGUCAAAGCAGAUCUGGAGGACAAAGUUGGAGCGCUGACCGAUGAAAUCAACUUCCUCCGCAGCAUCUAUGAGGAGGAGCUGCGUGAGCUGCAGGCCAGCAUCAAAGAGACCUCAGUGGUGGUGCAGAUGGACAACAGUCGCAGCCUGAAUAUGGAGCAGAUAGUAGCUGAAGUCAAAGCGCAGUACGAGGAGAUCGCCGCCCGCAGCAGGGAGGAGGCAGAGGCCUGGUACAAAAGCAAGUUUGACCAAAUGUUCGUGCAAGCCAGCCAGUAUGGAGACGAGCUGCGCCUCGUGAAGGGAGAGGUCGGCGAGGUCAACCGACUGAUCAGCCGUCUGCAGAGCGAGAUAGAGGCUGUGAAAGCACAGCGAGCCAGUCUGGAAAACCAGCUGGCCGAAGCAGAGGAGCGCGGAGAGCUGGCCGUGAAAGAGGCCAAAGCCCGGACCAGAGACCUGGAGGACGCUCUGCAGAGAGCCAAGCAGGACAUGGCCAGGCAGCUGAGGGAGUACCAGGACCUGAUGAAUCUGAAACUGGCUCUGGACAUUGAGAUCGCCACCUACAGGAAGCUGCUGGAAGGGGAGGAGGACAGACUUGGACAGCAGUCCAUCCUGAACAUCCACGCUGUUUCCAGCCACACUCCAAAAUAUAACAAUGGCUACCAAGGCAGCAGCAGCAGCAGCAGCAGCAGCUCUCCAGCUCCAAAACUGCUCAUCAAGACCAUUGAGACCAGAGAUAACUCCAGAUACAGCUCUCACUGAGACCAGAUGCACGCUAAAUGCUCCAUUUUGGUCUUCUAGCAGUUCUCUCUAAAGGUCCUGGGAUGCAUGCACACCUAGAAAUCAUUAGCUUUUAUAUAAACAAUUGAUAUGUACGUCAUGAUGACUUCAUCAUUAUUUUAGAAUUAGUACCAGGGCUCAGUUGUAAUGGCAUUAGCAGCCACUGUUUCCUCUUUAAGAUAGACUUGAUUUUACUUAAAUUUAACCCAUAAUUAUAGAUGAAGAAUAGCCUAAGAGUAUUGUCUCUGUAAUGACGACUUAGCCCAAAGUUAGCUUUUAGCUGCAUUUAAGGUACAUUUAAGCAAUUAUCUUCUGAUAAAAAUGUGAUCAUGGUUUGACUGAAUUUAUCUAAGUUACCUGUUAAUUAACAAAUAAACCAAA